AUGGCUGGGGGCCGGUAUGGUAUCCUUACAAGAGGGCAUCAAAAGACAGUCAUGGAGGAGGAGCUGACCAGCACGAGUGUGGAACAUAUCAUAGUCAACCCCAAUGCAGCCUAUGAUAAAUUUAAAGACAAGCGAGUGGGCACCAAAGGGCUAGACUUCUCUGAUCGUAUCGGCAAAACCAAAAGGACCGGUUAUGAGUCUGGAGAAUACGAAAUUCUAGGGGAUGGACUUGGUGUGAAAGAGACUCCCCAGCAGAAAUACCAGCGCCUGCUGCAUGAAGUUCAAGAGCUGACGACGGAAGUGGAGAUGAUCAAGAGCUCCGUAAAGGAGUCCACAGCAGAGGAGAAGCUGACUCCCGUUGCCCUGGCUAAGCAGGUGGCUGGCCUGAAGCAGCAGCUGGUCUCCACUCACCUGGAGAAGCUCCUGGGGCCCGAUGCAGCCAUCAACUUAACGGAUCCUGACGGCGCUCUGGCCAAGCGUCUGCUCAUUCAGCUGGAGGCAGCCAAGAGCGCAAAAGCCGCCCCUGCAGGGGGGAAGAGCCCUGCCAAAGCCCCAGCUGGCACAGGCAACACGGUGACCUACGAGCUGCACUCCCGGCCGGAGCAGGACAAAUUCUCUCAGGCCGCUAAGAUUGCAGAACUGGAGAAGCGUCUGGUUGAGCUGGAAGCCACCGUUCGCUGCGAACAGGACCCCCAGAAUCCUCUGACUGUUGGGCUGCAGGGAGCCAGUCUUAUGGAAACGGUGGAGAUCUUGCAGGUGAAAGUCAGCACCCUAGACAUGGCAUGCCUGGACCAGGUGGAGGCAAGGCUACAGAGUGUCUUGGGGAAGGUGAAUGAGAUUGCCAAGCACAAGGCAGCGGUGGAGGACGCAGACACCCAAAGCAAGGUGCAUCAGCUCUACGAGACUGUGCAGCGCUGGAGCCCGCAGGCCAGCUCCCUCCCCGAGGUGGUGCAGCGCAUGGUUACCGUGAGGCAGUUGCAUGAGCAAGCCAUGCAGUUUGGGCAGCUCCUGACUCAUUUGGACACGACUCAACAGAUGAUUGCUAAUUCCUUGAAGGAUAACGUCACUCUGCUGACCCAGGUUCAGAAGACCAUGAAGGACAACCUCACUGCCAUCGAGGACAACUUUGCCAACCUGAAUGCUCGAGUGCAGAAGCUCACUAAAUGAACCCCCCUUAACUCAAUCUACCGAGACCGGGCAGAAAUGGGUUUGCCCCCUGGUCAAAAUCAGCACUAACUGCUCCGUCCCUUCCCUACCUCUGUACCCUUUUCUUGCGCGCUCUUAGCAGGAGUUCAGCCUUCAUGCAGGCCGGCGGACUGAGUGCUCCUUGGUUUUCAGGAGGAGGAGCGCUGCCCCCUCUCCUCCCUUCUUCCAGCGUUUGCUGCCCCCAUGGUGAUGCUGAUGGCAGAAGACCAUGCUGCGUCCCCACGGGAGGGAGGGGCUGUGGCUCGGGAGGGACCCCAUCUGCGCAGAACCUCCAGGGGAGUUGCAUUCAUUGCUUGGCCUAGGUGCCUCUGGCUAAGAAAGACAUUGUUAUCCCUCAACCUGGCAUG